GUGUUUACCGCGCGCCGCGGGAAAGGUAGAUCCACAUGGCUGCGGGUUGUUCGGAGACCCCGCGGCCAAAGGCGGCCAGUGAUGGGCCGUCGGUCGGCUCAGCCGCGGCUCUGCCUUGCCUCGAGCUGCCGACUUACGCCGCCGCUUAUGCGUUGGUGAGCAGUCGCUACUCCUGCCUGGUGGCGGGGCCGCACCGCAGACACAUCGCGCUGUCCCCGCGCUACCUUCACCGGAAGCGCACGGGCAUCCGGGAGCAGCUGGACGCCGAGCUCCUGCGCUAUUCCGAGAGCCUUUUAGGUGUCCCUGUGGCAUAUGAUAACAUCAAAGUAGUGGGUGAAUUGGGAGAUAUUUAUGAUGAUCAAGGACACAUUCAUCUUAACAUUGAAGCAGAUUUUGUUAUUUUCUGCCCUGAGCCAGGGCAAAAGCUUAUGGGUAUAGUCAAUAAAGUGUCGUUCAGCCACAUUGGCUGUUUAGUCCAUGGGUGUUUCAAUGCCUCCAUUCCUAAACCUGAGCAGAUGCCAGCUGAGCAGUGGCAAACUCUGGAGAUAAAUGUAGGUGAUGAACUAGAAUUUGAAGUAUUUCGUUUAGACUCAGAUGCUGCUGGAGUAUUCUGCAUUCGAGGAAAACUAAAUAUUACUAGUUUACAAUCCAAGUGCUCUGAAGUUUCUGAAGAAGUAACAGAAAUUGCCACUGAAGAAACUGUUGAAAAGCCUCCAAAAAAGAAAAAGAAAAAGAAGAAAGACUUGGAACCAUGUGAAGUGGAAGGUGGUGUCAUGGAGUCAGCGGAUUUUGGAGAUGGCAUCAUGAAAGAAGAUGCAGACCUACAGAGCGAUAAUAAUGUGAAUGGCAUCUGGGAAGAAGAGCCAAAGAAGAAGAAAAAGAAAAAGCACAAGAAAGAUCAGGAUCAGGACCCUGUUUUCCAAGGCAGUGACUCUAGUGGUUAUCAGACUGAUCACAAAAAGAAAAAAAAGAAAAGGAAGCAUAGUGAAGAAGCAGAAUUUACCCCAGUUUUGGAACCCUCUCCGAAAAAGAAAAAGAAAAAGUAGUUUCUUUUAGUACAUUUAAGAUACUCAUUUUUUUUAAAAAAUUUUUUAAUUGAUAUAGUUGAAUAAAUGCUUGGAGUGAUAUGAAAUGUCUGUUCUAGUAAUCAGUUUAUUUGUCUUCUGGUUUUUGGGUCACACCUGCUGGUGUUCAGGCCUUAAUCCUGGCUUUGCUCAGGGAUCACUCCUGGUGGGACUUAGGG